AUGGCUCCCCCGACGCGGCCUGACCACCACAUCAACCUCAACUACCUCCCCCAGAUGACCUCUCAGCCUCCGAGGUCCGGCUCCUCCACCACCGCUACCUCUCCAAUCGAGCCGCCAACUAGCUCGUCAGCCCGAUACCCUCUAGGCAAUGGCAACACUGCGAGUGGAGUUGGCAAUGCUACUGCGGGCGUGCGCCUAGGCGCCGGUUCACCUUCGCAUGAGUACAGAGUCUUCUCGAAACGUGCCCGCGAGAUCCAGGCCCAGGAGGGACUUGGUCCACAGUUGUGGGGACCGCCCACCAGCGGCAACUCGACCCCUCUGCGCGAAACCAUCCCCGAGUCGCCAAAUGCUGACAGCUUCCCUGACUUCAAUCAAUCCAUGCCUGAGCCUCCUACUCCUCAGACGGCUGGCCGAAGGGCUCGUGCGGGUACCUUACCUUCGCGCUUCUCUCCAGCUGGCACACCCACCGGUGUGAUGCCACAAGCUUCACUACUUCCAAAGACAUCCCGUCCAACGCCUUCCACUAGUCCCUUCAAGCCAGGCUCAGGAACACCCACCGAGACCGUGGGCUUUGGUUCCAACACUUCUGCCGCUGCAACUUCAGCCCUUCUCUCCCGUCUGAGGGCUGGCUCAAUGCCUCAACGCCCUGGCUUCCUGCCUUCGUCGUCACCAUUUGGCUCAUCUAUCUUCUCGUCUAACUGGUCUACCGGCCGACCGCGAGGCGACACUUUGGCCAGCAUUCAGUCAUCCAAUGGUCCGACUUCACCUGCCCAAUCUUCAUUUUCACGCGAAUCGCUCGCAGACGCUGAUGUUAGAACGCUAGAUUAUCUUGGUCUCGUUGAUACCCCUCAGCCGGCUAGGGCCACACUUGCUCCUUCAGAUAUUGAAUUACUCCUGGAGGGUCAGAGGAACGCGUUCAAUCAGAAUGAUCUGCUGAACCGUAAUGCCAAUCGGUUCCGAUCCUACUCUGUUAAUGCAAAGGAAAAGUACGCCGAAGAGGACGACGAACUCGACCAGAUGGGAUAUCCUGGCAACUAUAGUGGCACACUCACCCCUUCCGCCGAUGCUGCAGCUUAUGCGACGAUCCAAGAGGCCGUUCGACAGCACAACCUCGAGGUCCAAGCCUUUGCAAACUUUGCUAGUGCAAGCCGUCCUCGAGCCCGCACUGCUGGAGUCCUCGACUCUCCAUCCUCACGCCUGAUGCGAAAUUAUCUUCCAACUUCAUCUAGACUGGACAACAGUGUAUCCGCAUCGGACUUGCAACUUCGCGAGGAGUCCGAAUAUUCUGGCCUUGCCGAAGCUGUGCAUAACAUGCAGCUUAAUGGGAAGCCAAGCACUAACAUGGGAGGGGAUGAUAACAAUCUAGAAGGCCCAACUAGAGCUCUGUGGCUCGGAAAUAUUCCAUCGUCUACGACCGUUUCGUCUCUGAACGUCAUUUUCAACGCCUACGGUCCCAUCGAAUCUACUAGAGUUCUGACCCACAAGAACUGCGGUUUUGUCAAUUUCGAAAAUCUAGAUAGCGCAGUUCAAGCGAAGUCGCAGCUGAACGGCAAGGAGAUCUUCCCCGGUGCAGGACCUGUCCGGAUAGGAUACGCCAAGGUCCCAAGUGCGUCUGCCACCCCUGGAAACAACGGGCUUUUCCCUUCACCUAGCCCAGACCCGCUCGCCAAGGGUCAGAUGGAAGGAGGUCCGGUAGGACUUGGCAACAGCACUGCUCGUCAGACCAAUGGAUCCCGGCCAGAGACUGCGGUCGCGCCUCUGACGACACCCGAAUUGCCCGAUAUCCGCGAGGACAUUGUCCAGAUUGUCAAAGAACUCGGAGCCAGCGAUGCUGAGCAAGCUACGAUUGCUGCUUAUGUAGAACAGGCCAUCAAGAACAAUCACUACGAGGACGAGAUUCCCAACGUCGAAGAGCCGAGCCACAGCCGAGUUCAUGACGCACCCAGACUCCGUGAAAUUCGGAAGAGGAUCGACAAUAACUCUUGCUCUCAGCCUGAGAUCGAGGACAUUGCCAUGGCCAUGCUUCCAGAAAUAGCCGAGCUUUCCUCAGACUACCUUGGAAAUACGGUGGUACAAAAGCUGUUCGAGUACUGUUCCGAGCCAACUAAGGAGGCUAUGUUGGCCGAAAUCGCCCCUCAUCUUGCAAAGAUUGGCGUUCAUAAGAACGGAACCUGGGCGGCCCAGAAGAUCAUCGAUGUCGCCAGGACUCCUGAGCUGAUGAAGAUGGUCGUCGAGAGUCUCCGAGCGUACGCUAUGCCGCUCUUCCUGGACCAGUUUGGAAACUACGUUAUGCAAGGAUGUCUCAGAUAUUCGUUCCCGCUGAACAACUUCAUCUUCGACGUCAUGCUCGCCCGGCUGUGGGAACUGGCGCAAGGACGCUUUGGUGCUAGAGCCAUGCGAGCUUGUCUGGAAAGCCACUACGCGACCAAGGACCAGCAACGCAUGGUUGCAGCUACUAUUGCCCUUCACAGCGUCCAGCUGGCAACCAAUGCCAACGGAGCUCUUCUUCUCACAUGGUUCCUCGACACUUGCACCUUUCCUCGUAGGCGCACGGUUCUCGCUCCUCGCCUCGUUCCUCACCUCGUCCACCUGUGCACCCACAAGGUCGCCUAUUUGACUGUCCUGAAAAUCAUCAAUCAGCGAAAUGAACCCGAGGCCCGCGACACAAUUCUCCAAGCCCUGUUCUUCUCCGCAAAUGACCAGGUUCUUGAGGACAUCUUGAGCGACCAGAGCUGUGGCGCCACCUUGAUCUUUAAGGUCUUGACCACUCCUUUCUUCGAUGAAGACAUCAGGGCGGACGUUGUUCAGAACGUGCGCAAUGUCCUGCUCCGAAUCAAGGCUCAGCCUGCGCAAGGCUACAAACGCCUCAUGGAUGAAGUCAGCCUGUCAACUCGGGGUGGCGGAUCUGGUGGUCGUGACGGCCACAGGGACCCCAGCGAGACUCGGCCAGGAUCAAAACAAGGCCAAGCAAACGGCCAACUCGGGCAAGGUAAUAUGGACGCACAGUUGAACAGGCAGUUCUACUCAAACGUGGCAGCUCCGGCAUUUGAUCCUAUCGCAUUGCAGAGGACCGGCAGCAUGGACUCCAACGGCUUCGAUCAGUUCCCUCUAAACGGCAUGAACCAACCCAUGUUCUCUCCGGAAGCCAAUAUGCCACUCGCAGCUAUGACGCCACAGCAGGCUCAGUUCCAGUAUCAACAAGCCGUUCUCGCUGCUUCUAGGGCGAGUGCCCUCUACCAGCCUAUGAAUGGGUUUCAGAGUCCUCAGACUCCAUCCUUAGGUGUCCAAGGAUAUAGAAAUGGGGCACCGAUGGUUCCACCGGGCAUGGCUGGCUCUCCAAUGCUCCAACAAGCUCAAUUUGGUCAGGGUAUGGGAGGUGUCAUGAACCCCCAGAUGUAUUCAUAUGGAAUGUACAUGCAGCAACCGCAGCAACAGCAACAGCAGCAAGUUGGUGCAGGUCAGGGCCGACGCGGAAGAAGAUAG